AUGCCGCGUCGAAAGGCCGCAGACCGCGUGGGCCCGGUCAAGACUCGAACCCACAGCGGGUGCAAAGAAUGUCGUGCGAGUCAUGUCCGCUGUGAUACGAAGAAACCGCUCUGUACACGAUGCCAGCAGAAAGGACUUCCCUGUUCGACUCAACUGGUCUUGAAAUGGGAAUCGGACUUUGCUAGUCGGGGAUUGGCGUUUGGGCGAUCUGGGGUUUGGAGCAAGACUCGUGGGCAGGGGAAGCAGUCGCUUAGGUCGCCGGCGGAAGAGCAGGAGUGGUGUUCUAUCCCUCUUGUGCAGCCUUGGGGCUUCGUGAAUAGCGGAGUGUCGAUGUUUGAGCAGCCACAUCAAGUGGACGUUGCGUCUGAUGAGCUCAAUACGCUGGUAAUUUAUGACGAUGACCAAAGGAGUCGGUUCAUGAAUGAUGUGGAAUGGAUACUACCUCUCGAAGUUGCUGAUUAUGGAUAUGCAACACCCGAACUCACAGCACCGGUAUCACUGUUCCCAAAUCUCACUGAACCAGGCCAAGGGCGGCUGUUUGAGUACUACCUCCAACAGGUCUGCCCUCGGACUACGGCGAGCUCUAAGUCGUCAUCGCCAUUUGCGUCUGUGAUUCUGCCUUUCUGCAUGUCUGCGUCUCCAACCAUAUUCAAAGCAAUUCAAGCGUUGGGAGCAUGCCACUGGUCGCGGUUUGAUUCGAAUUACGGUGCCAUAGCUCUCCGCUGCAAAUCUGAGGCUUUACGAGAUCUUCGUUAUACACUUGCUACCAAGGGUUCUUUGACUUGCUCAACCGAUCCCGAAGUAUUGGUUACCAUGAUGAUGCUGUGUCUGUAUGAGAUUGUGGACAACUGUGAUCAACACUGGACAAUUCACUUGAAAGGCGCCAAAGAGUUGAUUCGCCUGAAGAGGCAACAGCAAGGAGUCUUAUCCCGACAUGGGGGCUCCCAAGACCCAGUAUCAGCAUUUGCAGAGCUUUUCUUCGCGUUCCAAGACGUCAUGGGUCGCACCGCUUGUGGAGAAGAGGUGCUUUUUGGCAAUGACUACUGGUCAGAAAAUGAUCAGAACAUUGACCUUUGGAUGGGAUGCAGUCCAGAAUUGGUGUCGAUACUGUCGUCCAUAACAGAAAUGAGCCGGACAAGGAGACAGCUUACUUCGAACUCCGCGCGAGAUUCAUUUACCUUGCGAGCAGCUUCUCUAGAGCACAGACUUGAGAAUCUGGUGCAAGAAAUUGGCGAUGUCAAUGGCGAAGACGAAACUCUUCAAUCGGCUGCAGAAUUGAAACGUCUAGCUGCCGUUUUAUACUUGCACUGUGCGUUGUACGGUGCAUCGCCAUCAACCCCGUUGGUAGUCGAAUAUGUUCGGAAUAUCUUCCGGCUUGUCUCUAACCUACUCGACCAAGGCUCGCUAGUCAGCAUGACAUGGCCGGUCUUCGUGGCAGCCGUGGAACUCGACCCGUUUGAUGACGAGCUUUGGCUGAACGUGGACAGUGGCUCGACAGUUUAUGGAAGACCGCUCGUUCUACGCGCACUAGCCGCGAUGGCCGAAUCGAGUGUCUCGAAUGUGGCUCGUACGAAAGCCGUCAUUUCCAAGGUGUGGCAGGCUCGAGAUGAUGAUAUGAUCAAGGGUUCUCCUACAGAUACGUCGAGGGAUCCUUGGAAGUGUAAUGAUUGGGAGUGGUAUGUGGCGCCGAUUAGCACGGCUAUGAGCUUGGCAUAG